AUGGUGGCGGGAAAGCCGCAGCCAGCAGCCCCCGUCUCGGAUGCCGACGAGCAGCACUUCGAGACACUGAGCCCCCUCCGCAAGCUGGUCGUGGUCUGCCACCGGUUGAAGGCUAGCCCGACCUUCAAGCGUAUCGCCAGCCCGCCGGUGAUGGGGUGCAUUGCGGGCAUGUUCGCGGGACUGCUGCCUGUUGGGAGGAAGCUGCUUCUCGGCCGGUCUGCUCCUCUUUCGCCGCUCUUUGAUGCGCUCAAGAGCUUGGGAAACGCAUACCUCCCCGCGGCAAUCUUGGUUCUCGCGGGCUCCCUCGCUAGGCCUGCCUCGAAGCCCCAUCCUGUUGCACCGGCGGCUGCGGCGGCGGCGGGAGAAGCGUCGACCCCAGCGGCUGCGGUGACAUACCAGCCAGAUACUAAGGCGGCCUUCUACAAGAAGGUGACGUAA